AUGACGCAGGUGACCUCGAAACCGGUCGCAGUCUCCGUCAAAAAGCCACCGGUUAACGCAGCGAAAAAGGCCGCCGUUCCGCCGCCGCGACUUUCAGAAGACGAAGACGAAUACGGCACGGGGGACGACGACGAUUUCGACGACGGCGACGUUCUUGUCGAGCAAAUGUUGACGGCGGCCAAGGCGAUGACCGUGAACGACGCGGCGAUGGCCCGCCGACUGGACAAGGCUCUGCGGACCAUGGACGAGACCGACAAGAGCGAGGCCGAUCUGGCCGACCAAACGUUCGUCACGUACCUGGCGCUGUACCCGGCGUGGCUCGCGUACGUGCAGGCCGCCGAACCGGCGGCCCGGGAAAGCAAGUUCGCGGAAUACCAAGAGCUGCUGAAACAGUACGAAAAGGGCCAGGAGGAUAUGAUCAACAUCCUGUUACUGCUGAUACACUUGCAGAAAACACUGUUGCCGUCCAACGUGCUGCCGGACCCCGAAAACCGCAUAAAACCGGCCCUCGACGUAGCGGAUGAGCUCAAGAUACUCGAUAGACCAUAA